UUAUUUAUUUUUUUUACUUUUUUAAAUAUAGGGGUAUUUUAGUCUUUUCAUUAGAAACUAACAGAAUAUUCAAACGGAGUUAGAAAUUUGGACUCAAAUGGUUAAAGAAAAUGCUUAUGGGGACUCAGGUCGUUAAACUUUUUGCUUUUGGACUCAACUAGUUAAAACCCAUAAAACACAGGAACUCAAAAAGUAAUUUACCCCAAAAUAUAUAAUCCCCAAUUAACACGAGUCGGUGAAAUCGAUUGAUACAACCGAAACCCUAGCCUCCAUACAUCUCUAUCUGAAUCCUAGAACCACCAACCUUCAUCCAUCCAUGGCGAUAAAGCAAGACUGUUCUGGUUGGUUUGAAGGUACUUUUUUGAGCGGAGAUCGUGCAAGGGUUAAUAUGGCAUGGAUUCUUUACAAAAAUGAAAAUAAUCUGUGUACCUACUCUGUUUUUGGCUAAGAUAUCUGAUGAAAUUGCCUGUGUACCUACUCUGUUUUUGGCUAAGAUAUCUGAUAAAAUAAUUUGUGUACCUACUCUGUUUUUAGGAGCUGUAAUUACUAUAUGAUAGUAUUAGAAAUUUGUAGACUUCAAGCUAUUACAGGAGAUCGUAGCAUAAUAACGAAGUGAAGCUGAACGCAAAUGGGCGUAGAAUUUUCAUUGACCCGGAGAGGAAUGCGGGUCUUAUCAACAAGUCUUUAAGUUUGAGACCACCAUUGAACAAGCUUGGAAAGAGAAAAAGAGCAAAAUGAAUGUGAAAACAAAUUUCUGAAAAACUACUCAAAUUUUAUGGAGAGUGGCCUUCCACAACGUUUGUUGUUUUCUCAAGAUGGUCAAUGGGUUGACUUUCCACAAGAAGUCGUUAACCUUGUCAAAGAAGACUUCCGGUUAAAACGGGCAGCGAUUGAAGCGGAUUACAACGGGUGCCAUUUCAUGCUAGACGUUUUACGUAUGAUUCAGGUUGAUUUGAAAACCGGUGUGCAGAAGCCGAUUGCGUGGAUUGACGAUGCGGAUGGAUCGUGCUACUUGGAUGUACUAUACUGCACGUAAUACCAACUUAUACACGGAGCAUGUUCAAAGUUUUCUUAAGGUUGCCGAAGCUAAUCGGGUGAAUAAAGGAAGUGGAUCGAUAUGUUGUCCUUGUACAGUUUGUAAAAAUUUUAAAAGAUUUAGUGACAUCAAUGAAAUAGAGUUUCAUUUGUUGAAAGAUGGUUUUAUGCCUAGAUACACUCGUUGGUCAA